GUGUCGCGGGAGCAGCACCUUGGUCCCCUGCUCCCGCGACAUGGCCUUCAACUUUGGUACUCCGUCUGGCACUUCAGGUACCGCUGCAGCCACCGCGGCUCCCGCGGGUGGGUUUGGAGGAUUUGGGACAACGUCUACCACAGCGGGUUCUGCAUUCAGCUUUUCUACUCCAGCUAACACAGGCACUACUGGAUUCUUUGGUAGUACUCAGAACAAAGGUUUUGGAUUUGGGACUGGUUUUGGCACGACAACUGGAACUAGUACUGGCUUAGGUACUGGUCUGGGGACCGGACUUGGAUUUGGAGGAUUUAAUACGCAGCAGCAGCAACAGCAGCAACAGACUACGUUAGGUGGUCUCUUCAGUCAGCCUACACAAGCUCCUGCUCAGUCCAACCAGCUGAUAAAUACCGCAAGUGCCCUUUCUGCUCCAACACUACUGGGAGAUGAGAGAGAUGCUAUUUUGGCAAAAUGGAAUCAACUACAAGCCUUCUGGGGAACAGGAAAAGGAUAUUUCAACAAUAACAUUCCACCCGUGGAAUUCACACUAGAAAAUCCCUUUUGCCGGUUUAAGGCUGUAGGUUAUAGUUGCAUGCCCAAUAAUAAAGAUGAAGAUGGGCUAGUGGUUUUAGUUUUCAACAAAAAAGAAACAGAUAUUCGAAGCCAGCAACAGCAGUUGGUAGAAUCAUUGCAUAAAGUUUUGGGAGGAAACCAGACCCUUACUGUAAACGUAGAGGGUAUUAAAACAUUGCCAGAUGAUCAGACAGAAGUUGUCAUUUAUGUUGUUGAGCGUUCUCCAAAUGGUACUUCAAGAAGAGUUCCAGCUACAACACUAUAUGCCCAUUUUGAACAAACCAAUAUUAAAACACAAUUGCAGCAACUUGGUGUAACCCUUUCUAUGACUAGAACAGAGCUUUCUCCUGCACAGAUCAAACAGCUUUUACAGAAUCCUCCUGCUGGUGUUGAUCCUAUUAUCUGGGAACAAGCCAAAGUGGAUAACCCUGAUUCUGAAAAGUUAAUUCCUGUGCCAAUGGUGGGUUUCAAAGAACUUCUUCGAAGACUGAAGGUUCAAGAUCAGAUGACUAAGCAACAUCAGACCAGAUUAGAUAUAAUAUCUGAAGAUAUUGGUGAAUUACAGAAGAAUCAAACUACAACCAUGGCCAAAAUUGCACAAUAUAAGAGGAAACUUAUGGACCUUUCCCACAGAACUUUACAGGUCCUAAUCAAACAGGAAAUUCAGAGGAAGAGUGGAUAUGCCAUCCAAGCUGAUGAAGAGCAGUUGCGAGUUCAGCUAGAUACAAUUCAGGGUGAACUAAAUGCCCCUACUCAGUUUAAGGGCCGACUAAAUGAACUGAUGUCCCAAAUCAGGAUGCAGAAUCACUUUGGAGCAGUCAAAUCUGAAGAAAGAUAUUACAUAGAUGCAGAUCUGUUACGAGAAAUCAAGCAGCAUUUGAAACAACAACAGGAAGGCCUUAGCCACUUGAUCAGCAUCAUAAAAGAUGACUUAGAAGAUAUCAAGUUGGUAGAACAUGGAUUGAAUGAAACCAUCCACAUCAGAGGUGGUAUCUUCAGUUGACAGCUCACAAACUUGUGUUAAAGAUUUGUGAAAUACAUCUUCCUGUUACAUCAGGCCUUCUUUAAAAAUGAAACUGACCACAUGGGGGGCGGGUGGGGAAACAAUCCUCUCUCCUGACUUGGUUUUUGAGAAGGUUACUGAAAAAUUAUUAUUCAUCAAAUCUGAAAUAACAGUCACCUCACUGCUUUUCAGAGCUAGCCCUUGAAAGAUUUAUAUCUAAAAAGCUGUAAUUACUUUAAAAGAGAAAUACAUAAUUACCAAAAAUAUUUACUAUUGUACAUUUUUACAACAGCAUUGUUCUUAGAAAUAAUCAAUGUUUAAUGAUUAUUCUCCAUUGAGCCUGUACUCUGCUUUCCAUAGCAAGUAAAUAUGAAGUGUCUACUUUGCACAUAACAAAAUAAACUGUAUAAUUACUUGGCUGCUGGAGAUUUGUACUUCAGAAUGUAAAUGUCAGUUUUUAUAUUUGUGAAUUCAUCUGUGGG